AUGUCUUUCCUCCACAACCUUUUCAGUUCGCCCGGUAAACACCCACCUCCCAAGAAGCGUAAUUUACCAGAUCCAGAUACAGAUAUAACGCGCUCGGGUGAGAAGAGGAAGAGAGAAGCGUAUGAUCCGGAGGAAUACCAGAAUGCUGUUUAUGCUGGUGCGGGGACGGUGGCGGUGAGUGGAGAUGAUGGAUAUGAGAUGGAUGGGGAUGAGCUGGAUGAGGAGGUAGCGGUAGCGUGCCAACUUCAAGACGAAGCUGAAUUUGAAGCUGGUGUUGAGAUUGGAGAGGAUGAUGAUGGAAAUGACGAUGCUCGGCCGUAUGCGACUCCCAAAUCCGUACGCAAACUUUCGCGCGAUUUGUACAACGCGGUUGAAGCGCGUGGGACAGGUAGUAGGGCUAGUAAGACAGAGACACACGACAAAGCAGGGAAGACGCUGGCGAGUACAAGCACGCGUGUAGCGAUGUCGCAGUCUCCAUCAAUAUGCACAGGCAGCGAGACCGAGAACGAAGAAGACGAGAUCCUCGAUGAGAUAGAUUGGUCUAGCAGCGACGACGACCUACGACUAUCAUUCUCUCCUACCACUUCGUCGGCCGGGCUAGACGUGACUAGUACUGGCGAGAUCAAAGUAGACAGACUCAAACACACACCUGUUGGCAAACAACCUAGACCGCGGGCUGGGGCUGUUAGAUCAAAUACUACUACCACAGGGCCUACACCUGCCAAACCUUCACCUUCACCUCUACCCACCAAACCAAGCAUCACACCACUCCCACAAUCACCAUCAUCACCAUCCUACCGCACCAUGCCCUCACCCCUCACCACCCCCACCCAUCCCCCCAAUUUCGCAUACCCUCCAGAAUGGCACGAAAAGACGCCGGAGGAACGGUGGGAUACAAACCCCAACCUACGCGCCCGCGAACUCCACGCUUCACCGCGACGCAUCCACGCCGAACUACCAUCAGAACCACUGUACGCCUUCCGCGACGCCGAGAUAAGGGAUGGGCUGUGGUCGCUCAUGAGUUCUGUCGAGGAUUUUGCUAAGAGAUGGUUUAAGAGCGGUGCGCACGCUUGCCAUACCACCACUGCCACUGCCGCACACGAGAACGGGGAUGGUCAUGGCGUUACGAUUGGGCAUGGAGAUGUGUUCAUAAAGAAAGAAUUCUUCAAAACCCUAACACCAGAGACAACGAAACUAAUUAAUUGUGUGGCGAGUGGGGGACCAAGCGGACUAUGGGGGUGGCACGAUCUCUUUGUUAACAAAGAGAAGAUGCAAGCGUUGGUUUGUGCGAUGAUUGGGAAUUUGUUGAGUGAGCAGGUGUUGCAGCAUGCAUUCUUCGGUGGGACGGAGGAGGGUGUUAGGGCUGUGGCGGCGGUACAGAGGGAGGGGAAGGAUUGGGACGGAUUUGAGAGGAAUGCGCGAUACGCAGCUACGAUUCGGCAACACCUCCCCACACCUACAUCCCUUCCUUACAACUUCAACACGCACGUCAACACCAUCAUCGGAGCACUAUGGACACACCUCUCUCCCCUCCUCUCGCUAGUCCACCCACCUACAUACCCCGCCUCCACCCCACUCCCGAUCCCCGCUCCUUCACUCAAAACCGUCUUCGAUGACCUCCGCCGCCUUACCGUUUCCGCAGGCAUCCUUUCCCUGCACAUGCACCUCGACCCACACACAGCAUACCACCACGUCCCGCUCUUCAAAGAAGAUAACUACGAUUCUUCGGUUAUGGAGUGUUGGAACGACCCAUCCAUGCGCCAACGAAAUAUGCGGAAUCAGUACGAAGACGUCGGUGAGAAAGAACAGAAGCGGCGUGAUGCGUUGAGUGAGACUGAGAAGAAGCGUGCGAGGGGCGAUACGGCGUUGACGCAGAUCCUAUGUUUCAACGGGGUGACUGCGUAUCGGAAAGGUGGGUGGGAGGUUGGUUCGUCUACGCCCAGCGAUCCUGUUUACGAGAGGAGGGAGUGGAGGGAUAUGGGUGUACGCGUAAGGGUGCUUACGCAAGGCUUGGUGUAUUGUCGCUGGGGACGGGCGCUUAGUUCGCAAGAGACUGCUGAUAUGGAUAAUGAGACGGGGAAGAAGAUACAUGGGGAUGCGUGGAGAAGGGGUGGAUUCAUGCAGUUUACGGAUGUGGAGGGUGUGUUUGAUUGGUUGGGGGCGGAGAGGAAGGAGAAGGUGGAAGCGAGGAGGGCUGUUUUGGAGAAGAUGGCUGAGAGGGCGAAUGCUGGUGCUGCUGCUGAGAAGACGGUGUUGCAGGCUGAAGGCGCGAAGAAGAAGGGGAAAGGGAGGAGGAAGCCGCGUGGGGAGAUUGGGGACGCUGAUCCGGAUCGUUGA